AUGAUGUUGGUUCAGUUUGCUAAUUUGGCUUCAGUCGGGUACUGCGUUUCACACGGUAUCUCUACCGGGCGACUAGGAGAUCCCGAAACGAAUUGCUCUUUGAACGCUUGCAGCAAUUCCAUGUUGAAAGAUGUUGAAAUAAUCCGCAUCUUUGAUUUCAACAAGAUGAAUGAAGUUGGAACCGGGUAUUAUGCGGUUGACAAAGAAAGGGAGACGAUUAUAUUGGUGUUUAGAGGAUCAUCUUCAAACCGCGACUGGGCAACGAACUUGAACUUUGCGCCUAUUGAAUAUACACCCAUUGUACACGACAAGGAAUUCACAGAUGCUCCGGUGUAUAACCAGCAAACAUGCGAAGGAUGCCAAGUUCAUCGUGGAUUUUAUCAGUUUUUAAAAGACAACUCUGGUGCAAUAAUCAGCGCGGGUGUCAAAAUGAAGCAGAGAUUUCCUGAGUACCAGUUUUUAAUAAUUGGCCAUUCAUUAGGAGCUGCAUUCACUGUGAUGUGUGGAGUAGAAUUUCUGCUCUUGGGUUAUGAUCCAUUAGUGGUAACGUUUGGCGGACCCCGCGUGGGCAAUCAAGAAUUUGUUGAUUAUGCAAAUAUGAUUUUCGAAACUGAAAAGGUUGCAACCGACAUCAACAUGAACCAUGAUUUUAAUUCGGGCUAUAUUAGAGUCGUUCACCGUCAUGACAUAAUCCCAUCAUUGCCACCAAUGUUUUCUCAUGCAGGCUUUGAGUAUUUUAUCGAUAAAAAAGAUUUGCCUCAUAAAGAGUGCAAUUUAAAUCGGCGUGGAAUGGAACAAUCUCAUUUAUUUUGGAAAAGGUCCUCGGGUCCCAGUCUUCGUCCCGGCUCAUUUUGGCCGGACAGAUUGGGGAAGUACGAACAUACACAUUACUUUAGGAGAAUCACCAGCUGCAGAAACUAA